AAAGCAUUAAUACUUCGAAUUUACAGUCUCAAAGUAUCUAAGUGAAAACAAAAGCUAUCCAUUGAAUUUCAAAUUACCUAAAUCAAUGGCUAGCAAUAAUGGUGGUGGUGAACAGCAAUCGAAGAAAACGGCGGAAUUGGGCAAACCCUUAAAAGAAGGAGAAAGAAUUCUAGAGCCAAGUCGAAGACCCGAUGGUACCCAUCGAAAACCCGUACGGAUUCGGGCCGGGUAUGUUCCUCAAGAGGAAGUCGCCAUUUACCAGUCCAAAGGUGCCCUGUGGAAAAAGGAGAUGGCUUCACAAGUAGGGCCUCCAGGUUACGAUCCACCUACAGAUACAAAACUGAAAACCAAGUCAGCAAAAAGAAACGAACGAAAGAAAGAGAAACGGGUACAGGCUGCUCUUGAAAAGGGUAAGAACUCGGAAGCAGUGGCCGAUAAUGAGAUUAAAGGAGACGGUUUAACUGAGGAAGAUUUAGAUCAUGGAUCGGAAUCUAAUGACAGAUCUUGCUGUUUCUCAAAUCCUGUUUCAACCUCUCCUCUCUCAAACUCAGUGGAUGCCUCGGAUGCUGUGACACCAGCUCAAGAUCUCGAUAAAAAAAUCCGGGCACUUAAAAAGAAGAUCCGGUUAGUGGAAGCUCAACAGCAGAAAACUCUGCAGCAAGAUAUGAAGCCGGAACAGUUGGAAAAACUGGCAAAACUAGAUGGUUGGCGUGAGGAGCUAAAGCUUUUGGAGGACAAAAAGGCUGAAUUUGCAGCAUUGUAAGUUUAGGUUUCCGUCCCCACGAAGAAACUAUGUUGUUGAUUUAUAAUUGGAAAUUUCGGUUUUUUUGUAAGUUUAGGUUUCCGUCUCCGUAAAGAAACUGUGUCGUUGAUCCAUAAUCGGAGAUUUCGUUUUUAAAAGUGACAACGGGAACUUACAUUCAUGCAUAUCACCAUGUUUAAGUAGUACUCUUCCUUUCCAUUGCACAUCAAUCAUUAAGCGGUAAAAGUAUCAUGGAAGCUUUUAUACUAA